GUGUGUAGGAGGAUGUUUGCAGUUUUUAUCAGAAAGCACAAGAGGACACGACAUACUUCUUUCAGGAUUCAUUAACAACAGUAAUACAUCUAGGCCUCCUUUAUGCAAGGAGAUCGGAUGUAAAGGAUGAACCACUGCAGCAUGAGGUCUCUUGCUGGUUUUUGGAUCCUUCUGCUGGGCUGGCCAGCCCUGUUCCAUGCAGCACCUGUUUCUUCACCAGUUUCACCAGAGGACGAAGUCCUGGCUGAGAGAUUUAUCAGUCGGUACAGUGAUGACUGGCUGACAAACCCCUCACCCCGAAGAAUCUCGAAGAGAAGCUUCACUGAAAAUCUGAAGUCCAUGCAGUCUUUCUAUGGCCUUGAGGUGACUGGUGCGUUGAACAAUGAAACACUUGAGCUGAUGAAGAGACCGAGGUGUGGUGUGCCAGAUGUCAGCCGAUACAUACACUAUGAAGGAAGACCCAAAUGGCUGAAAAAACAGAUUACAUACAGGAUCACUAGGUACACUCCAGAUCUGACCCGGUUAACAGCAGAUGCAACCAUUGCUCAGGCCUUCCAGCUCUACAGUGAUGUCGUCCCUCUGGACUUCAAGCAAAUCCGUUCUGGUACUGCAGACAUCGAGAUUUACUUCGCAGCUGGAGAACACGGGGACUUUAACUCCUUUGAUGGGAAAAACGGAGAAUUGGCUCAUGCAAUCCAUCCACAAAAAGGCAAAGGAGGGUUUGUACACUUUGAUGAAGAUGAAACCUGGACUGUUACUAACGAAGAUUUUAAUCUGCUGCUGGUGGCCGCCCAUGAGAUUGGCCAUUCCCUGGGCCUGGAGCACUCCAAGGACAGCAGUGCACUUUUGUUCCCCAGUUAUCAAUAUGUCGACACAAAUGGAUACAAGCUGCCAGAUGAUGAUAGACGUGGGAUUCAAGCCCUCUAUGGCCCCCGUGAAGUGCCUACACCAAAACCAGAGAGGCCAACAGAGGACCCUUUUCCCAGCCCUGAAGAUGAGCAGUGCAAUCGCACUCUUGUGUUUGACGCAGCUACCUCCUUUAGAGAAGACCUGUUCUUCUUCAAAAAUGGGUACUAUUGGAGAAAGAGUUCAGAAGGCAUCGAUUUGACCAAGGUGAACUCAAAAUGGUCAGAAAUCUACAUUGUUGACGCUGCAUAUGAGGUCCCUCACAAGAAUGCGGUGUAUCUUUUUGAAGGUGCUCAAUACUGGGGAAUAAAAGCUGAUUCAGAGACAGUAAUGUCAGGAUAUCCACAGCCUCUUACCAACCUCGGCCUCCCACCUUCAGUCACUCAAGUGGAUGCAGCUGUUUAUGAGUCAACAACUAAAAAAACAUUCAUAUUUUCUGGUAGCCAGUAUUGGAGAUAUGAUGACGGAAGUAACCAAAUGGACCCUGGAUACCCACGAGACAUUAAAAAGGACUUUCCUGGCAUAGGCUCCAGGGUGGAUGCAGCCUUUGAGAAUUAUGGAAAUCUGUUUCUCUCAAACGGCCCCAGACAGAGCGAGUACAACCUGGCCUGCAGGAAAGUGAUGCGAGUGCUGCUCAACUACGGCUGGCUCGGCUGUUAUUAGAGAUGCAGAAACAUAUCAACACGUCUAAUUGUCAAUGAUUUAACUACAUUUAGCAUGAAAACUAUCACAAAAAAGUUUUUUUUUAAUCAUUAUUUUUGUAAUAAUCCUUAGAGACACUGUGCUUCUGCUGAGUUGUUUGCAAACAUCAGGGAGUAAUAAUAAUCAAUCUGAAACUUAUAUUACCAUUAACUACAAAUGGCAUUGCUAUAAUUAAUGAAUAUCAGAGAUGCUUACUUAAUAAUGAUGUUAAAAAGCACUUUAGGAUUUAAAGUUAUCACAUAUAAAAGUAGACACAAGUAAACAUUGCAUAGAGGUUAUUCUUAUGUUGUAAUGAUCAUGUCUGAGCCGCUGGUGUUUGACACAUUCAUCUGUUGAAUUCUUGAAACUUCGUAUCAUAGAGCUUGUUUGACUAAAUUUUAACCACAUAAUGAAAAGAAUCAAUAAAUCUAAAAAUACCUGAA